GAAACUCUCUGGUACGGACUUGAAAUCCGAUAAGCAAGGCGGUUAAUUUAAUUAAAUCGUGGAAUCCGCCGACCUCGUAUAAAACUCGUAAAAAUAUAACAGUAGCGGACGAGUUGACUCGGUAUCUGUUCAGGAAGAAGACUCUUAAGCUUCAUUCCGUCGUCUUCUUCGUCUCACUGAUUGCUUUCGCUUCUUGCUUUUACUUCAUAGACGAUGGAGACUGAGACACAACUUGUGGCUGAUCGCAUUGCUCUCAACGAAAAGAAAGUUGCCAUGGCUUUAGAUGAUCUCAUCAAGUUGUCAAAGAGAAACACCAAAGGGAACAAGGGCAGAAGUUCAAGGAGACCCAAGAACAAAAACCGAAACUUUAAUGGUGCUGCGAGAAAUGGUAAUUCCUCUAAAGAGAAGCAUUACGUGAACUCACUUUCUGGAGUUAGACAGGGUGCUGUUGAGAAGAGGAGGUCUAACUUCAAGGGAAAUCAGUUUCCUGUUGCAACCAACGUUGCUCGUAAAGCUGCUAAUGUUCCUCCACCCAGUGUCCGUAGAAGAGCUUCCAAUGCUGGAAGGACGACUAGUGCAAAUCAGUCAAGGCUUCUUGCUCCACCAGUCCAGAGUAAAUCUAGAUUCACCACAAAGAGGCAUGAGAUGGAUCAGAAAGUAGAAAAUGGAGGAGGGAAAUGGAAGACACUAGACUCUCGGUUUGCAAUCAUGAAAGAGCAGAGGAAGAAUAGUACGUGCAACAAUGGCGUUGGACUGCAGGUUCCAAGGUUGCCACCAUGGGCUAGAGCCAGAAGAUUUUAGUUACUAAGCAAACCACAAAGCAUUUAUACGCGCUCCCUCCACUCUUAGAUUUUGUCUUUGGGAUUUAUAUUCUUGUUAAGCACACCAGAUAAUGCAGUUCCUUUGUGAAUCUAUGACUUGCGUACAUAUCUUUUCAAAAUGCAUCCAAGAUAUAAAUAAAUAUCGUUUGAAAUC